AUGGCCUAUCCAGCUCUCGCAACGGGCACCGGUCGGAAUAUCGACAUGGCGAAAACCGAGUCCGACCUGGCCAUCAACAUCCGCAAAGCUACCAGCAUUGAAGAGACUGCGCCCAAGAGGAAACAUGUCCGCUCCUGCAUCGUUUACACCUGGGAUCAUCGAUCGUCCUUGUCCUUCUGGGCCGGGAUGAAGGUCCAGCCCGUCAUGGCGGACGAAGUCCAAACCUUCAAAGCGUUGAUCACCAUCCACAAAGUCCUGCAGGAGGGUCACCCGGUGACGGUUAAAGAGGCGCAGCAGAACAUAAAUUGGAUUGAGAGUCUCGCUAGAGGCGUGACGGGAGAAGGACUGCGAGGAUACGGCCCCCUCAUCCGAGAGUACGUCUUCUUCCUCCUGGCCAAGUUGGGCUUCCACCGCAACCACCCGGAGUUCAAUGGCCUGUUCGAAUACGAAGAGUACAUCAGUCUGAAGUCGAUCAACGAUCCCAAUGAAGGCUAUGAAACCAUCUCCGACUUGAUGACGCUGCAGGACCAGAUCGAUACCUUCCAGAAGCUGAUCUUCUCACACUUCCGUCCCGGAUCGAACAACGAGUGCCGGAUUGCAGCCCUGGUGCCCUUGGUGCAGGAAAGCUAUGGCAUUUACAAGUUCAUCACCAGCAUGCUGCGAGCAAUGCACACCACCACCGGGGACGACGACGCACUGGAGCCCCUCCGCAACCGAUACAACGGCCAACACCAUCGCCUGGUCAAGUUCUAUUAUGAGUGUUCCAACCUGCGAUACCUGACGUCCCUCAUCACCGUGCCGAAGCUUCCUCAAGACCCUCCCAAUCUCCUUGCCGACGACGACGAGAAGCCAGCCCUCCCCAAGCGGCCGGCCAAAGAGAUCGAGAAACCUCCUACCCCCGUGGCGAAGAACGGAACACCAGACACGCAAAAAGACAUUGAGGACUUUUGGACAAGGGAAGCUCAGCGCCAACAAGAAGAGUAUGAAGCGGAACAACGACGUCUGCAGCAGCAAUGGGAAGACCAGCAGCGGCAACAAAUGCUGGCACAGCAGGAGGCUCAGCGUCAGUUUGAAGAGCAGCAGAGAAUGCAAGCGGAGCAACAACGCCUGGCCCAAGAACAACUCCUCCGGGACCAGUACGCCGCCCAGACGCAGGGCCGCUUGGCUGAGCUGGAGCGAGAGAAUCUCAAUGCUCGGGCGCAGUAUGAGCGGGACCAGUUGAUGCUGCAACAAUACGACCAACGUAUGAAAGCCCUCGAAGAACAGCUGCAACAGCUCAACGCCAACUUCCAAAUGCAAUCCCAGUCCAAGGAUGAUCAGAUUGCAGCGUUGCAAGAGCAGGUCAAUACGUGGCGAUCCAAGUAUGAGGCCUUGGCCAAGCUGUACUCUCAACUCCGUCAAGAGCACCUUGACCUCCUGCAAACCACAAAGUCCCUCAAGCUGAAGGCGGCGUCGGCCCAGGAAGCCAUCGACCGCCGAGAACGCCUUGAGCGCGAGAUGAAGACCAAGAACCUCGAACUUGCCGAUAUGAUCCGCGAGCGCGACCGCGCCUUGCACGAGAAGGACCGGGUCCAGGGGUCCAACCGGGAGGAAGUCGAGAAGUUGAAGCGUGAACUCAGACUUGCACUCGAACGAGCUGAGGAUGCGGAGAGGUCCAAGGGAUCCGAGCUGUCGUCCAUGCUGGCCAAGUACAACCGUGAAAUGGCCGAUCUGGAGGAGGCCGUCCGGACCAAGACAAGACAACUGGACGAAAUCCGCUCCAAGCAGGGCGAGCGGAACUACGAUCACGAAGCCGCACUCCGCGAGAAGGACGACGAGAUCGAGAUCUACAAGUCGGGCAUGGAGCAGGCGUUGGAGGAGCUUGAAGAACUCAAACUGGGACACGGCGAGUCCGAUGGGGCAUUGGACGGUGCCAUCGACGAAGUAAUCAAGACCACGGUCGACAAGAUCAACGACAUUAUCGACUCUGUCCUUCAAAGUGGCGUGCAGAGGGUGGAUGACGCUAUGUACGAACUCGACUCUCCCAUGCAGGCCGGCAACCAGAACGCCACGGCGCCCUACGUCUUGUCCCAGAUCGAAAAAGCCUCGGCCAGUGCGACCGAAUUCUCCACUGCGUUCAAUAACUUUGUCGCGGACGGCCCGAACAGCCCACACGCCGACAUCAUCAAGACCGUCUCCGUCUUUGCAGCCUCGAUUGCCGAUGUCUUGUCCAACACGAAGGGUCUUAGUCGCUUCGCGACCGAGGAAAAGAAAGCUGACCAACUCAUCGACGCCGCUCGACAGUCCGCCAUGUCCACAGUACAAUUCUUCCGCAACCUGCAGUCUUUCCGUCUCGAAGGAUUGGAACCCGUGCGGAAGACCGACGUGGUGAUCAACAGCAAUCACGAUGUGCUGAUGAAACUGCAGAAGCUGUCCAAACUCGCCGAUGCGUUUGCACCCAAGGGCAGCAAACUCAAGACCACCGGGGAUCUGGGUGAUUUGGUGGACUCUGAGUUGACCAAGGCCGCCAACGCCAUCGACGCCGCAGCCCAGCGCCUCGCCAAGCUUAAGAACAAGCCUCGCGAGGGCUACUCGACGUACGAGUUGAAGAUCAACGACUCCAUCCUGGAGGCUGCGCUGGCCGUCACCAACGCCAUCGCGCAGCUGAUCAAAGCGGCCACGGAAUCGCAGAAUGAGAUUGUCCGUGAAGGAAGAGGGUCUUCAUCCCGUACCGCAUUUUACAAGAAGAACAACCGCUGGACCGAAGGGCUCAUCUCCGCCGCAAAGGCCGUGGCCACGUCAACCAACACCCUCAUUGAGACCGCUGACGGGGUCAUUUCCGGCCGCAACUCGCCUGAGCAGUUGAUCGUCGCGUCGAAUGACGUCGCCGCUUCGACGGCACAACUGGUUGCUGCAUCUCGGGUAAAGGCGAGUUUCAUGUCCAAGACGCAGGACCAUCUAGAGCAGGCGAGCAGGGCCGUGGGCGCGGCGUGCCGUGGACUGGUCCGGCAGGUGCAGGACAUCAUCAAGCAGAAGGCGAGGGAUGAAGGCGAAUCCAUGGAUUAUUCUCGGUUGAGCGGGCAUGAAUUCAAGGUCAGGGAAAUGGAGCAGCAGGUCGAGAUUCUUCAGCUGCGGAAUGCCCUCGAUGCGGCGCAGGCGAGAUUGGCCGAAAUGCGAAAGCUCUCUUACCGUGAAGACUGA